UUGAAUUGUCCUUUACAUUGGUGUAUUUUUCUGCGAAAUAAAUUGGAGCUAUUAUAUUAGUAACUGUAAAUUUCAUAAAAAAUAAGUAUUUAAACGGAUGAGUGAUGAGCGUAGAAUGCAGGAUGUUCGAUUGGGAGGUUCGGUCAACAACGUGCGGACACAGCCCCAACAUAAUCAUUUGCCAUUGGGCGAAAAGAUGCCCACAGCAAAGAUGCCCUCACUUAUUGUUUCACAUAUGUACGGGGAAGACAUGAAAAUAUCGAAAAUAUUGCGGCGUCUGCAAUCAGAAAACAAUGCGACAGCUGCAUUGGAACUUUGCAACAAGUUGGAAAUAGGUGUGCGGGCGCAACCAAAUGCGACAUACAUAUGCCGUAGCUUCGAUUUACUAAUGGAAAAUAUGAUUACCGUGCUGAAACAAUGUCCGGAAGAGUGUUUGGAAAAAGUAAGCACAAUAAUGGGACUGAUGGGCUAUAUUAAUCGCAAUGAUUUCCCAGUCUACAAAAAUUAUGUGAUUAAAGCGUACCAAUCGUGUAAAUCGAUACGAAAAUAUGUGAUGCUUGCCUUGAAAACCACAUUCAGUUGCGAUGCAGUUAAUUUGGAUUUAAGUGUGUACAGCGAACGCUUAUUGGCAGUGCUAAAAGACUACUUGGAAAAUGCUGAAAUAGCCGAAAUCUUUAUAGCCGUCAGUGAGACAAUUACAGAAUUUUCAAAACAUUACAAGCGCGCUUUCGAAGUACAUUUCAUGGAUAUUGUCGACAUUAUUGUCGGUUGGCAUUUAGAGGUCGAACAGCCGGCAAACCUUAAAUUACACUGUUCCGUUGCAUUGCAACAAUUUGCGCCAUAUUUUCUGAAAGAAUUGGAUUUUACAUUUCGGUUAUUGGGACAAUUUUUAGAGGACAUCGUGGCAUUGGGUGAUGAAAUUUCGCAUGCCCCAUCACCAACAGACUCGCUAAGUGGCGAGGUAGACGCAAAAAAUCAACAAAACAAAGUAGAACUUCGUAUCGGUUGCUUUAUUGGUGCAUUCAACUCAAUUUUGAAAACCUUAGCGAAUCGCGUCGAAUUUGUUGGCAUGAUUGUGGGACAUAGUAUUGUGAAUGAAGCGGCAAUGACAAUAUCCAAAACAGCUGAACAAACGCUAACAAUGACAUUAGCAAGUGAAGAUACCAUAAUGAAUAUUAAUGACUUUUUCUGUCUACUCUACACGAACAGUUACGAUAUUAUUAAUAUGGUGAAUAUAGAAGAGUUAAUAGCGCUACAAAUGAAACAACUGAAUUUCUUUAGUGAUGCACCUAAGCAAAGUUUACUUUACCUGAUACUUUGCGUGUUUCGGCAGCUGCGCACACAACUGCCACUAUCUACCGUCACUUUGGUGUUUGAAACCACACACAAUCCGCUGGCCACCAUCAAGUUCACCAGUAACGACAAGCUGCGACGCCUCUUUCUGAAGGUGUACCACGAAAUUUUAAUGAUAAAAAAUGUGCCAUUACUACAGGAGACCUAUCGCCAUGUGACCGCCGAUAUGUAUAACGCAAUAGAGACGCUGGAAGCAUAUGACGACGAUACCGCUGCUGGUCAAAUCAGUAAGGUGUUGCGCGCUGAGGCAACACUUAAUUUUUAUCUGACCGCUUUGUCGGCCUUGGCCACACAAACAUCGUCCAUCAUCAGCAUGUACGCGUUAUAUCCUUCGAUUUUGGAGCUAUUAAUUACGAAUUGCAAGGCGGGUGCUACACACUUGUGGCUACGCCAUCCGACAUUGCAUAACGCGUUGCUCAGUGUGCUUGUCGUGCACUGCCAGAAGAAUCACAAUUUUCGGCCGACAUCGCGUUUACUUAGGGAACCACUUUUUGCGCCGAAACACGCAUUGGACGAAAACAACUCACCCACAUCGGAGAAUUUCAGUUUGAUUUUACAAUUUCUCGCUGGCAUUUUGAGCGCUGCGAAUGAUUUAAACGUGACUAAUCUGAAUUUGUUGCUCGACUGGUUGAGCUGCAUACUCACCGAGUGCCGUGAAAAUGCCGCUGUGCUACAACAACACGCCAACUUCAUCAUCAUUUGCAAGUCCAUAAGUCAAGCCGUGUUCGCGUCCUCAAUCAAAUGCGCCAAAUGCAUGGAAAUCGUGCUCAACUAUGCCACCGUCAAUGGCGAAGUCUUGGCAUAUUUCCGCCAAGCGGCAGUAAUUAUGCUGGACGCCAAUGAUGCCCGCGUACGUAGCGCUUACACAAGCAUACUUGGUAAGUUACCCCUAACCAUCUGUCUAACGUCUGAUGUCAUAAGCAGUGACAUUGGCGUGCGCAAAUCGGAACUCAACGAUCUAAUGCAGUGGUAUCGCUCCACCGCAUACAAUGCGCCGUUGCGAAACAAGUACUUCAAACCGUUUCUCGAGCGCUUGGAAAGCGACACCACCUGUGGUGAUUACGAACCGCUCUGUCAAUAUGCCGCUGAGGUUUUCGCCAAGUGUUGGGUGGCGCGUUCACGUGAGAACUGCGCGUCCUACGAGUCCGCAGCCAGACGUAGUUGCAGCGCCUUAGCGCUUUGGUUAGAGUACGAAGCGGCGCGCCAAUGUGUACGCAAUAAGUUACGCACUACGAUUGGUAAACCGCAAGAGACAUUCCUCGCCAUAGAGGCCGUCAUCUCAAAGUAUGCGCGUAUAUUGUCGACAAAGAGCGGUUUGGCAAAUGUGUGCACGGCGCGCAAAGUGACGCUGCCGCAUUUGAUGUCACUACAACGUAAUACACGCCUGUUGCUCGGAUUUAUCGAUAGUUUGGAGAAGCAUAUCUAUAAUGCGGCUGAAGGUACCGCCUUCGCCAUACCGGCGCUUGAGAAGCCCAUUAAAACAUUUUUCCGCAUCAACGCGCACACUUGCAAUGAGUGGCUGAAUCGCAUACGACCGAGCGUUAAUCUGAUUGCAAUGCACAGCAUGAUGCCCGAACUGGUCAUACGCAAUGCCGAGGUCAUACUGCGCAUGGAUAAACUGAGCGACGUGCAGUUGGAUCAUACUGUAAUCAUGCUAGUAUGGGCCUUACUCUGCGCCGACGAGUCUUCCACGCUGCAAGGUCUCUACAUAUGGUUGAAAACGAAGCAUCCAAGAGCCGCUAAGCGCUGCGUUUGGAUUUUGUAUGCUGCCGAGCAAGCUGCCGGGCAUAAAGAACAAGCCGCUGAUAGCUAUGAAGCGUUUCUCGUCGAGCAGGAGUUGAAUUUGGAUGCGCGCAGCAAGGAUUUUGUUGUUGACCAGUUGAUUUACUGCUUGUACUACACCAGUCAGUGGGCGCGUUGUCGUCGCAUACAUGCGCGUUAUAAAAACGGCGAAAAGCCAGACGACAUACACUACGAAUUAGCCGAGGCGCUCGUGGAUGAUUACGAGAGUGAGGCCAGUCGUAGUGUCGCGCUGCAAAACGCUAUUAUGGAUUUGACAAGUUGGUCGCCUAACACCAGUGCGGACGGUGAAACAUCCGCGCCGGCGCCAGAAACAUUUUCCUACUACCACAUUACGCAGCAACUACAAGACGCUUGCGUUGCACAUGCGUUUAAAUGGGACGCGAUGUCGACGCCGCCGCUUAGCGAAGACGUGCAGGCGUGUAUAUGCAGCGGUGUGCAAGAGUUGCCCUAUCACAAUCGCAUGCGCGUGGGUGAGCAUCGCAACGCGCUCACCGAUAUGCUCAUACUCAAUCAUGUGGCGCAAAAGUUGACUUGCGCGCAGAGCAUGUAUACCGAACGCAUGCAUGAUAUGCGCAAUACGAACGAUACAGAGAAAUCAACAUUUCUACUGAAAUCCUUAAUGUGGACGCUCUUGUUCGAGCAGCGCUUGGGCGCGUCGGCGGAUGCUGCGCGUCAUUAUGCGCUGUACUUGGACGUAGCGAAUAGCGCGCGUCGCGAAGGCAACGGCACCUUUUGUCGCGCUAUGUUGCAGCGUUUUUUCCGUCUGAAAGGCUUUGAUGAAUCGCUCUCGGAGGUGGCACGCAUGUUGCGCGAGAAUGAGUACACUGUGAGCGUACAUGAUGCGGAUUUGGUGCGCGGCUUUAGCGAAUUAGCGAAGUGUUCCUACGUCAAUUCGGCCAAUCAAAUGAAUGCCAUCAGCCUGGGCGCUGCCUACUGUACACAAAUCAUACAACAAGUACAAGACCAACCGCAUGCCACAUAUCCGCCGAGCAGCGCUGACAUGCUACUCACAUUAGCCGAUUGGUUGUCACCGCGCGUCACGGGCGCUACAACCGGUCACAACGCGAGCGGCCCACCAGUGCCCAAUAACAAUGUGAACGCCGCCUUGGCUUUGACGGAAAUGCAAGAAUUGCUGCAACAUUUGCCCGACGUGACGGUGCAUUUGGUGAAAGAGAGCGCCGACGAUGCGGUUAGUACGCUCAUACCACCGGCGGAGAAAGCCAUCGGGAAGCUCAUCAACGCCAGCAUCUGUCAGUCGAGCAAUUCGAGUGAUGCCUGGUUCGCCUACGGCAAUUGGUGCUAUCGCUGGGGCAAACGUCUGAUGGAAGCUAAGAAUACGACGGAAAUGAAAAGCGGUCUGCCGCAACGCGAUAUGCAAGCGAUACGCGAAGUGCUGGGCGGCAGCGUCAGCGAUGAGGCCAUCAACCGGGUGGUGAGCGUGCUAAAUGGUCAGCAGUUGAGCAAUAUCGAUGCAGAGGAAGAUAUCGAAAAAAGUGAACUCAGUUCCAGCGAACUAAUCGAGCAGGCGUUGCGCCGCGUCGACAUCUUAGCCGAUAAGCCGUCGGAGCAAAUAGCAAGCAUCAUAAAGAUAUGGCGGCAGGCACAUCGCAGCGUUUAUGUGUACUAUGAAAUGGCAACGAAAGCUUAUUUCAAUUAUCUAUCCAUCGGCGCGUCGCAAUUGGAGGCGAAGAACACGCUGAGCGAUUGUACGCCCGUCACCGUUACGUUGCGCUUGCUGCGCUUGAUUGUCAAAUAUGCCGCGGGUCUGCAGGAUGUGCUGGAGGAGGGUUUGCGCACCACACCGCUGCGUCCCUGGAAGGUCAUCAUACCGCAGCUCUUCAGUCGACUCAAUCAUCAUGAGCCAUAUGUGCGUAAGAGCGUCGCGGAUCUACUCUGCCGCUUGGCGGAGGAUCGUCCGCAUUUGAUUAUAUUCCCUGCCGUGGUGGGCGCACAUCAGGAAUCAAAAGAGUCUACGCUACCGUUCCUUGGCAAUACAUUAAAGGACGCCAAUGCUGGCAACAACAAAGAGCAAAAGUCUAGCACGCAGCUGUCGAAUUGUUUCCGUUCGUUGCUGCAAACGCUGUCACAGCAAGCGCCAGACACUGUUGCGCAUGUGCAGCUGCUGGUGAAGGAAUUGAAGCGCGUCACAUUAUUAUGGGAGGAAUACUGGGUGCAUUCACUCUCACAAUUGUACAGUGAAUAUGCGGCACUGUUCAAUGCGCUGGAAGCGGAAUUAAAGAAGGCCGGCGGUACAGCGUCAGAGAAAAUAAUCGCAAAGUACGCGACUUUGAUGAAUCACGUGGUCUUUGAUAUGCAGCGCAUUGCCGCGGUUACCUCAAAAUCAGCUGACACCAAUUACGAACGUAACUUCCAAGAGCGCUACAGCGCGCUGAUCGCCAGCACAAUAAAUGAGCUGAAUCAGCCCUUUAAUCCGACCAAACCGUUCGACGGCUGGAUGCGCAUCAAGCAGUUGUAUGGUGUUUUCCAGCAGCGCUCGCUGCGCGGCUACGCGUCCACACUUAAGAUCGCCGAUCUCAGUCCGGUGUUGGAGAAUAUGCGCAAUACGGCCAUAUCCAUGCCGGGCGUCGACACCUACGCCAAGGAACCGGUCUACAUAAAGUCGGUAGACAGCGCGGUACAUAUUUUACCAACCAAAACGAAACCGAAAAAGUUGGCUUUUUACGGCAGCGACGGACGCAAGUACACCUAUCUGUUUAAGGGCUUGGAAGAUCUGCAUUUGGACGAGCGUAUAAUGCAGUUCCUUUCGAUCUCGAAUUCUAUGAUGGCGCGCGCCAAUAUGGGCGUGGACUCGUUGCAGCGCGCACGUGCCUUCAAAGCACACCACUACUCUGUCAUACCGCUGGGCUCACAAUCCGGUCUAAUCAGUUGGGUUGAUGGUGUGACGCCGCUCUUUGCCAUCUAUAAGAAGUGGCAACAGCGUGAUGCUGCCUUAAAACAACAACAAAAGGAACGUCAAAAUACACAGCAAGCUGGCGUGCAAUCAACAGAAGUCGCACCAGCUGCCACGCGUCCAUCCGAGCUGUUCUACAGCAAAUUGACGCCGUUGUUGGCGGAGCAAGGCAUGAAAAUCACCGAUCCACGUAAACAGUGGCCACUUGCCAUAUUGCGUCGCGUGCUGGAGGAGUUAAUCAAGGAGACGCCGCGUGAUUUACUCGCCAAAGAGUUGUGGUGCUUCGCGAAUACGGCGGCCGAUUGGCGCGCCUCGGUGCGCAAUUAUUCGCUCUCCAUGUCGGUAAUGUCCGUUAUUGGCUAUGUGAUCGGCCUGGGCGAUCGCCACUUGGACAAUGUACUGAUCAACUUGACUUCGGGCGAAAUCGUGCAUAUCGAUUAUAAUGUGUGCUUCGAGAAGGGUAAAACACUGCGUGUGCCCGAGAAGGUGCCAUUCCGCAUGACACCCAAUUUAGAGGAAGCCUUGGGUAUAACCGGUAUUGAG